AUUUUAUUAACUAAAACGCAAAAAAGCACUGUUAUAAAAUUUAAGGCAGUGUGAUAUUUUAUAUGUUAAAAGGUUACUUGAACGAAAUUCGAUGCUGGUCAAAAUCGUCACUUUAACCCUAUCACUAAUAAAUUCAAAAAUCGGCCCACUUGGUUCAAUUUUUAAGACUGUUUGCCGAAAGCGGAACAAAGGACAUAUAUAAUGACGAUUUUAUCGUACGAUCUUAAGUACAAGAUCUAUAAAACGCCGGAAUGUCAACAAAAGAUCAAAAAGAAUUGUCUACUCCUGUGGAUAAAGUCUACAAGAGAAAAAUUUAUCUUGUUAUUUAUAACAGUAUAUUAGUAGUGACAUGGACUUUGGUACUACUAAAAACAUUGGUAUAUGUUAGUGAAAAAAAUAGCUUUCAUGGUUUAUAUAAUGACAUCAAGUUUUGGUUGAAAUUAUCUCAAGCAGCAGCAGUUUUGGAAAUUAUUCAUUCACUAAUUGGAAUUGUACAAUCUUCUGCUCUUAAUACCAUACCGCAAGUACUUUCACGUCUUUUUACACUCUUUAUUGUUGUUGAUGGAAUACUGAUGAAGCAUGAUGAAGUAAAAGAUACGAUUGGGUUUCCUCUGCUUCUUUUUGCAUGGACAAUAACAGAGAUAGUUCGUUACUCUUUUUAUACAAACUCUUUGAUGGAUAUUGGAAGUACUACAUUACAAUGGUGUCGGUAUUCUUUUUUCAUUGUUCUUUACCCAAUUGGUGUUCUUGGGGAAGUAAUCUGUAUUGUUGCUUCUCUUCCUCUGGCAAAAAAAGGAGGCUUUUAUUCCAUUACUCUUCCAAAUUCAUUGAAUUUUAGCAUCGAUUAUGUUUAUACCUGUUAUUUUAUUUUGUUUCUUUAUAUACCUGCUUUUUAUCAUUUAUAUGUGCAUAUGUUAACUCAACGAAAGAAGGUACUUAGUAAUAAAGCUAAAAGCGAAUAGGACACUUGCCAUUUAAGAUUUUUCUAGGUUUUGAGCUCACCAAAGUUUACAAUUUUGGACUCAUUUUUUAAUGGUUUUCACUCAUGUUAUUAUUUAAAAAUAAAAUAAAAAAUGAUUAAAAAUAA